AUGGCGACCACCAAAAGCAUGUCAAACUUCCCACUCCUCUGUAUCGCGCAAAUAAUCUCUGAAUUGUCUGAGGAUAGCAAUGACCUUUAUUCUUGCUUACUGGUUAAUCGUAUGUGGUGCAAGUGUGCUGUUAAAUAUUUAUGGCAAAUGCCGUUCUCUUGGUGUGAAGACAACGGGGGUAGAAUGCUCACCAGCUUCUUACAACUACUACCGAGCGAAAGUCUUGACGACUUGGAAUACAUAAUGGGAAUGGACAUACCGCCUCCGAAUCUACGGCCCAUGUUCAACUACUUGGGAUUUGUAAGAACACUGAACUUGUCGCACUGUGCAAUAGCAACGACGUCUUAUCUCGAUACGGUAAACCCAAAUAAUACGCAAAACACACACGUACGGCUGCUACUUCUGAGGCUCUGUAGGGAAAUAGUUAUUAACUGCCCCUUUCUAAACGAAAUAUAUUUGGACGAGCUUGAUUUUGAUGAUAUAGAUGAUUCUGUUCACAGAUGGUCAGCCAGGGCGUGGAAUUUAUUUUCCAUCAAAGACGUCGGGAUAAAGUUUAAUCGACUAAGACAAUUCACAUUUACCCAGGCUUUCCAUCCAGAUAUCCUCUACACCGCAGCAGAGAAACUAACAAAACUUGAAGUGUUUGAAUUCCAUUGUUCAGAUUAUCCAGCAUCUGAUGACGUUGUUGUAUGGUGUGACGCGAUUAGCAAACUCAUACGAAAGCAAGAGAGAUUGCGGGUCUUGUUUCUCUCGCUAGAUUUCGAAUCUCCUCAGAAUAGCUGGAAACUUAUCUGGAAAGCGGUGUGUACGCAGGCCAAUACUCUUAGAAGAAUUGAGAUACAAUUUGCAGAGGUUAAUGAUAUAUUCAGUGACCUUGGUCGCUGUACUAAUCUUCAUGAAAUUGAGUUACAUUAUUGCACUUUCUAUCCAUCGUAUUAUUUACAACUGCCAUCAGCUGCGUUCUCCCAUCUUCACACCCUUAAAUUGUAUUUGAUGGAAACUAAUUCUUAUGGUAUUGAAACAUUAUUUAGAAAUGUAAAAGAAAGUCUAAAAGUUCUUUCUGUAGAGAUUAUUGGCGCAUUAUUCGAUGUAGAAACAUGGAGAGAAUGUGCCAGAAAGGCACCCAAUCUUAUUGAUUUCGAGGUCCUACUAAAUCAGGAGGAAUCUAUUUCAUUAAUAGAAAUAGUCCUUCCACUAUGGAAGCAGCUAAAGAAGUUAAAACUUGACAUUUUACCAGAUGGUGAUGACAAUGGAGUAGCAUCAAAG